UGUCCGAAUAUUGUAGACGCGGCAGGACGAAAGCGGAUCUCACGGACGGUUCUGGAUGACACUGACCUAUCAUAGUAGUUACCGAGUAACCAAGUGCUAGCAUUUUCUUUCCAAUAUCAAAUGUUUAUAGGUGGGCUUCAUGGCGUUGUCACCGGGGCUCCGAUGAACUUUAUAUGAUUGAGUUGCCCUCGAUGGUUACACGAAUGCCUUUUCUUACCAUUGCAAGCUACUCUCAACACAUCUUCAUUACAACCGAGUCACAUUGAGUCAUUUUAUACAAGUGUGAACGUCAUAGAUCCGCUUCAGCAGAUCUGAUAUACCCCACUGCAAUGGAUCCUACUCAGUACCAAUUCGACCCUUUCUUGUCAAUAGACAACCUACCUUCAUGGCCCAUCAUGGAUCAAACACUGUUCCAAAACACAAAGUCUCCAGCUGAUUCAGAUGCAUUCGUCGGCUCAUGGUCACAACUCGGUACUAUAAACCCAUCACCAACGGAGGAAGACUACUUCGACUUCAAUCUCAUCUCUCCCUCAUCACUCGAAGGAGACUGGACCGCACUCCCGACCUACCCCUCUUCAACCAUCCCCUCAACACCCUCUCUCAGCGCUUCCCACAGCCCCUCCAUGACCUCCGUCUCCUCCGAAACCGACGACGCCCCUCCCUUCCCCCCACCCACCAAGCGUCGACGCGGCCGACCGCGAUCGACCCUCCCCAAACCCAGCAACGCCUGCAAGCCCUCGCCGACCUGCAGCGGCCGCACCCCCCACAAAUACGUCGAGCAGAAAUACCGGCACUCCGUCACCGCGGCGUUCCAAAACCUGCAGAAUGUCGUGUUUCCGCAGCUGGACGACCGGGAUCGGACCGGGUUCGGUCGCCUGUCCCCGACGAAGACGGCGAUCUUGAUUCAGGCGCGGGAGUAUAUUCAGCAGCUGGAGCGGCAGAACGCGCGGUUGCAAGAGACAGUUGAGGAAUUGAAGGACGCGAUGCCGUAGGAUGGGUCGGGUUCGGGGAUGUCGUGGAUUGGCGGACGAUGGGAUUGGAUGAUGAUCAACGUGCUCCCUACGUUUCUGGAUAUUAACGAAAGGUCGAGCCUUGGCCAAAUGAACGGCGUUGGGGUCUCGUGUUUGAUGGAUUGGGUAGCGUAGGCACACCAGAACGGAUCGGCGGACUAUGCUCCGGGGAUGUAAUAUAGCUCGCUAUGUUAAUAAUUCCUUCUCUCUGAGAACUUCUCAAUCUACCCAUUUCUUGGACUUGAAUGAUCGCGGGAACCGAUUUGUCAAACCAUUUCAAGAGACCGGGACCUGAUCGAUAACGAAAGGGAUCAGCAAUAGUAGCCCAAAAGUAUCGCGAGAAGAUAGAGCUCUGGAGCUUAACCUGCUCUCAAUCCAGGGUCC